CGAUUGGCGCUGGUUGCCUCGGUGCCGGCCAAUCGCGUGCGAGCUUUCUCGGCCGGCGCCGAGAUCGAUAUAAACAAGAGGGUGACGGCUCUGGAGAACCCGCUCAACAAGACUUUUAGCACGUUUUGCGAAUUUCACGCGCCCCCGAACACAAGAUGUCAGACGACGAACUGCCUGAAGGGUGGGAAAAGAGGGUCAGCCGAUCCACAGGGCAGGCCUAUUUCCUCAACAAGUACACGAAGGAGAGUCAAUGGGACACGCCGAACGAACCUGCGCAACCGGCGGCCAGCGACGGCGGCCCUGGCAAGGUGCAGUGCAGCCACCUCCUCGUAAAGCACAACAAAUCGCGUCGGCCGUCGUCCUGGCGCGAGGCCAACAUCACAAGGACUGAAGACGAGGCUCUCGAACUCGUCAAAGGGUACCGAGAGCAGAUCGUCUCCGGCAAGUUCACGCUCGCCGAACUGGCCGAAAAGAAUUCAGACUGCAGCUCAGCCAAACGCGGGGGUGACUUGGGCCUCUUCGGCAGGGGCGCCAUGCAAAAGCCAUUUGAAAACGCUUCCUUCGCUCUCAAGGUCGGUGACCUGAGCGAGCCAGUCUUCACAGAUUCUGGAGUGCAUAUUAUUCUCCGCACUGCUUAAAUUUAAUAUUAUACAACAUGAUAUAUUGUUCCAUGUUAUUCCCGUUCAGAUCUCCAUAUUUGAACCUCGAAGCUUAAAAAAUUGGAUUUCACGCGAAUCGCAAUAAAUCAAUUCGAACUAA